AGGGAGCGCCAAUUCCGGAGCCCACUGACAGCUAAGCUCCUUCAACAUCCCGACUGGAGGCUUCAGCUCAGCCGAGCGGACCUGGCCAGGCUGCCCGGGUCUUCGCGGGCCACCUGCAGCCUCUUUUGCCGCAGUUUGGACUCGGCGGUGACGGACAAGCGUUUGGCCGCAGAUGUGCGCGUCCUCCCCCGUGAGGGCAUAGGCACGGGAGCAUGUCUGCGCCCGGAUACACCAACCGGAGCAGCUCCGCCAGCUUCGGCCAGAACUCUCCGGCGAACGGCGGAGCGGCGCCCCCCUUCCAUAACGGUCCGGUGCAGACCUACCCAUCCAUGUAUCCGGCGUCUGCGGGCUACUACGGAGCCCCGCCCCAGCAGCAGAGCUACCCCGCCGGCUCUGCCCCCAGCAAAGCCCCGGUCCCCAGCAGCUACCACCACAACAAUCAGCAGCAUCAUGUAGCUCCGCCAUACAGCUCCCAGCCUCUGGCUUCACCAGCUCCUCCACCCUCCUCAAGCGCCCAGUACAGCCAUCAGCCAUUCCAGCAGACUCCAUAUGUCCCUCCAGGAUCUUACUAUGUGCAGCAGUCAUGCCAAACCUCUCCACCGCAGACGCAGCCGCAGCCGCAGCCGCAGCCCACCUUAGUGCCGGCUCCCGCCGCUGGCCCCGGCGCCCCUCUCUACCCCAUCGUUUCGUACCCAUCUGCUCACGGAUGCAGCCAGUACGGCACCCUCAGUUCUCUACAGAACCCCUCCACGCCGGGAGUCACCCAGAUCGCAGCGCCCUUACACCACUACAACACAGCCCCGCCGCCGUGUGCAACAGGCGUGCAGCCGGGGUACGCUGCGGGUUCUGCUGGUCAAACGGCACCAACAGUUAACGGUCAAGGAGGGGCAGUUCCAAACAACGCCCACCAACACUACGACCAAAUCCAGCAGCCCCCACACGGCUACAGCUCCUACGGCAGAGGCGGCGCAGACGCAGACCGACCGCAGUCGGGAACCCCCUCCACCUCUGUCCAUUCCUCCCCACGCCAUCACCAAGGCAUGCAGUAUGGAUAUGUUGCUAAUAGUGGAGCUAGCUCAGCUUCUGCCACCACCUCAGGCCCGGCAGCAGCACCCUCUUCAUCCAGCUCUGAUGAAGAUGAUGAUGAGGAGGAGGAUGAGGAAGCAGGCGGGGAGACCUCCUCCUCCACCACCGGCAGCGCCUCCCCAGCUCCAAACAGUUACGACUCUCUUGAAGGCGGCAGUUUCCCAGAUCCCAGCUGCUCCAGCGACAUGAACAACCAGCCUCAGCCCUACAACAGCUACAGUUACCACAGCAUGCAGUCGGCCUACCGCUCAGGACCAGAACCCCCCCCGCCGCACAACAUGUACACCCAGCCGACGUACCCGCCGUACUCUCAGCCUUUUCCUAACCUGUCCCAGCUGUCUGCGGCCCUGGGGGGGCUGAGUGGGGUUCCGGAGCUGGAGGUGGAGGCUCUGAGGCCCGUCAACCUGCUGCAGGAGAGGAACCUGCUGCCUCAGAGGCCGCAGGAGGCCCCCGAACCCAACCUGAGCCCCGACCUGAAGAAGGUCAACUGCAGUCCGCAGACCUUCAGGUGCACCCUGACCAGCAUCCCACAGACGCAGGCUCUUCUCAACAAGGCCCGGCUCCCCCUGGGUCUGCUCCUCCACCCCUUCAGAGAUCUGCAGCAGUUGCCGGUGAUCACGUCCAACACCAUCGUGCGGUGCCGCUCCUGCCGCACGUACAUCAAUCCCUUCGUCACCUUCCUGGACCAGCACCGGUGGAAGUGCAACCUCUGUUACCGGGUCAACGACGUUCCAGAUGAGUUCAUGUACAACCCGGUGUCUCGAUCCUACGGCGAGCCGCACAUGAGACCAGAAGUCCAAAACUCCACCGUGGAGUUCAUCGCCUCCUCCGAUUACAUGCUGCGACCUCCUCAGCCGGCCGUCUACCUGUUUGUGCUGGAUGUGUCCCACAACGCCGUGGAGGCGGGAUACCUGAAGGUCUUCUGUGAUUCGCUCCUGGAGAAUCUAGACAAGAUGCCCGGGGACUCCCGCACCAGAGUGGGCUUCCUCACCUUCGACAGCACCGUCCACUUCUACAACCUGCAGGAGGGGCUGUCUCAGCCGCAGAUGCUGGUGGUGUCGGACAUCGACGACGUCUUCAUUCCGUCUCAUGACAGCUUGAUGGUGAACCUGAAGGAGAGCAGAGAGCUGGUGAAGGACCUGCUCACCUCGCUCCCCGCCAUGUUCAGCCAGAGCAGAGAAACCCACAGCGCCCUGGGCCCCGCCCUGCAGGCCGCCUUCAAGCUCAUGUCGCCCACCGGCGGCCGCGUCUCCGUCUUCCAGACUCAGCUGCCGUCGCUGGGCGCCGGGAAGCUGCAGUCCAGAGAAGACCCCAACCAGCGCUCCAGCACCAAAGGGGUGCAGCACCUCGGCCCCGCCACAGACUUCUAUAAGAAGCUGGCUCUGGACUGCUCGGGACAGCAGAUCGGAGUGGAUCUGUUCCUGCUCAGCUCGCAGUACGCCGACCUGGCCUCGCUGGCUUGUGUCUCCAAAUAUUCAGCGGGCAGCAUCUUCUAUUACCCCUCCUUCCAUCACGUCCACAACCCGGCUCAGCUGCAGAAGCUGCAGAAGGACCUGGAGCGCUACCUCACCAGGAAGAUCGGCUUCGAGGCGGUCAUGAGGAUCCGAUGCACUAAAGGUCUCUCCAUCCACACGUUUCACGGCAACUUCUUCGUGCGCUCCACCGACCUGCUGUCUUUGGCCAACGUGAACCCCGACUCCGCCUUCGCCGUCCAGGUGUCCAUCGAAGACUCUCUGGCCGACUCGUCUCUGGCGUGUUUCCAGGCGGCGCUGCUCUACACGUCCAGCAAAGGAAAGCGGAGGAUUCGAGUCCACACUCUGUGUCUGCCGGUGGUCAAUCAGCUGAGCGACGUUUACGCCGGAGCCGAUGUCCAGGCCAUCACCUGUCUGCUGGCCAACAUGGCCAUCGACCGAUCCGUGUCCUGCAGCCUGUCGGACGCCCGGGACGCGCUGGUCAACGCCGUGGUGGACUUUGUGAGCUCCUACAAGAACAACGUGUCCAAUCUGCAGCAGUCGGGUCUGAUUGUUCCCAGCGUCAUGCGCCUCUUCCCGCUCUACAUCCUGGCUCUUCUUAAAGAGAAAGCCCUGCGGACCGGAACCAGCACGCGGCUGGACGAGCGCGUCUUCGCCAUGUGCGAGUUCAAGACGCAGCCGCUGCAGCAGCUCAUGCGAAUGGUUCACCCUGACCUGUACCGGCUGGACAAUGUGUCCGACCAGGGGGCGCUCCAUCUGAACGACACAACAGUUCCUCAGCCUCACCUGAUCCACCUGUCUGCCGAGAGCUUCAGCAGAGACGGAGCGUUCCUCAUGGACUGUGGAAACGUGUUUUAUCUGUGGGUCGGCAAAUGCUGCAGCGAAAUCUUCAUCCGGGACGUUCUGGGGUGCCCCAACUACGCCUCCAUCCCCCCCAACAUGAGUCACAUUCCUCAGCUGGAGACGCCCCUGUCGGAGAGGGUUCGAGCCUUCCUGGACUGGCUGCAGGACAAUCGGGCGUUCAGCUCCACCGUUCAUGUCAUCAAGGACGACGCCUCGGCGAAGGCCGCCUUGUCCCAGCACCUGGUUGAGGACCGCUCCGAUUCCGCCUCAUCUUACCAGGAUUUCCUGCAGCACAUCCAGCAGCAAGUGUCCAAGUAGACUCGCGUUAGGGCUCCACAUUCCUGAACCCUGAUGGAGAAAAGACUCGUAGAGCGGAAGCUAGACUUAGACCUGGUUUAGUCCAGGGGGGUUUCCUCCUUUCUUCUGAUGGUCUCAUCCCAGACACGGACCAGCGUGGAUGGAGGUUUGGAGGAUCCAGCUUUUUCUUACGACCCGAGUUUGUGGAAAAGCGCCGCAGCAGCUUGUUGCUGCAUCAGAACCACUGUUGAAGCCCCUUCUUUUCCACCCGGGUGAAGUCGAGCCAAGAAGAAGCCACUUUCAGACGUUUGUUUUUGUAAGCCUGACAUGUAGCUCGUCAAGUUUUUUUUUUUUUUCCUUCAGUUUUGCCCUCUUUUCCACUUCACCAUCAAAGCUCUCUUAAAAGCUUCUGGAGAACAGCAGCAGAAAACUCGAUCAUGACUCGACCGGAUCUCACCGCCUCGCUUUGGCUCCGCCUCUCCUCAGAGCCACCUCUGGAUUUGUCAAUCUCAAAAUGCCACAUCUGUGAAAUAUGUUUUUUUUUUUCCAGACGCUAGAAGUCGCGUUCUCUUUGUAACUACUGAACAGAAUCUUUUAUGUGCGAUAAUUUAUGAAUUAGCUUAUUAAAUAAAUAAAACAACGAG